AUGCCCUCCAUGCUACCCUUCCGGCCUGACUGGUCGUUCUCCUCCGCACCGCUACGUUUUAUCUGGUACUGCUUCAUUCGCCCCAUCGGUGCCAACGACCAUAAAUCCAGACUGGAUAAGUUCUACCAGGGUCAAGCAGAUGUAUAUGAUGCUACUCGUAACGGACUUCUUCGUGGUCGAAGGACUUUGCUGAACCUCUCCGCUGCACAUCUCAAGGAACUGAGAAAGUCCCAUCCCGGUGAACGACUGGUCUGGGUUGAUAUUGGCGGCGGGACAGGAUAUAACAUCGAACUCAUGGAUAAAAUUUUUCCCAUCUCCGAAUUCGACGCUGUAUAUCUCAUCGACCUUUGUGAGCCCCUUCUCCAGGUCGCAAGAAGCAGGUUCGCAAAGCGGGGCUGGCACAACGUCACUGUAUUGUGUCAAGACGCUUGUGACUUCUACCUUCCAGAAUGGUCUGCUCAAGGCAUCAACCCGCAGGGUAGCGUCAGCUUCGUCACGCUCAGUUAUUCGCUAUCUAUGAUACCCAAUUUCUAUACCCUUUUAGACAGGAUCGACCAUGUCCUCUCACCUGAGCGAGGCCUGAUCGGUGUUGCGGACUUCUACACCGCUGGUAAGCAGCCAUUGCUUCACGAGAAAGCUAUUGGUGGUGUUAGUAAAGAAUGCGGUUGGCUUUCCCGAUGGUUCUGGCAAAUUUGGUUUGAUUUUGAUCACGUAUCGCUCAGUCCGGCGAGACGUGCUUAUCUUGAAUAUCGCUUUGGAACGAUUAAGAGCUACAAUGGACGCAAUCGCUUCAUUGUUCCUUUCAUCGUCAGGAUACCCUACUAUGUCUGGCUCGGACGACCUCGUUCGUGUGAUGUCUCAAGGUUCUGCCAUGCUUUUGAGGUCGAGGGCGGAAACAUGAUUGGCAACUGCUCUCCGUCAACAUUCGUUACGCUGAAGGAAACUGACAAUGCUGUUCCUCCGCUGGAGAUUGGGGAACCUGCUAUUCCUUUGACCAAGAAACCGGUAUCAAGCAACCAUGAUAUGGUCAUUGAUGUAACGCCUCCCCUGAGCUCUUUCCACUAUCAAAUCAAGAAGCCUUGGAGACUACCUUAUUAUGACCACCCCGUUCACAAAGAGUUUAGAACAUUUAUCUACUCUUUCACAUGGGAAGAUCCAUUUGAUGAUAUGAAACAUCUCCAAUUAACCAGUACCGACUCGAUGUUUGUUAUUACAUCCGCCGGCGACAACGCACUACACUAUGCCAUAGCGGCAAGUCCGAAGAGGAUUCAUUGCGUGGAUAUGAACCCAUGCCAGGGACAUCUUCUCGAACUCAAGCUGGCAUCCAUACAAAGUCUCGCGUAUUCGGACUUCUUUUCUAUGUUUGGAGAAGGCAGGAACGCCAACUUCCGUUACCUUUUGGAUUCCAGAAUAUCUCCUUACCUGUCCUCAAGUGCAUAUCAGUUUUGGCAAAUCAACUCUGAUGCGUUCUCUUCAUCAUUUUACCUCAGCGGGUACAGUGGGUGGGCGCUGAGGGUUGCUAAGGUGAUUUUCAAAUUGGCCAGAGUUGACCAAGACGUCAAGAAGUUAUGCGAAUGUGAUACAUUGGAGGAGCAGGUCAAGAUUUGGAAGGAGAGAUUGAGGCCAGUUCUGCUGAAUCCGUUGGUCGUGACGCUUCUACGAAGUCCGAUCUUCUGUUGGAAUGCGCUUGGCGUACCUAUGAAUCAGCGACAAAUGCUUCUUGACGAAGGCGGCGUCUAUGAAUAUGUGAAGGACACCUUAGAUCCGGUCGUGUCUACGUAUCUCUUCAAGACAUGCAAUUACUUCUAUCUACUUGCUCUGUUGGGCCACUACACCCCAUCAUCAUGUCCGGCUUAUCUGACGCCCUCUGGGUUUAGUGCGCUGAAAGCCAAUGAUGGCAAAGCAUUAGAUGCAUUUCGGUUGCAUACUGAUUCUAUCGUGAAUGUCUUGCGCGGUCUUCCUUCUGAUACCCUUACGCGCGCGCUUGUCAUGGACCACUUGGACUGGUUCACACCGGGUUCUCAAGAUGUAGACGACGAAAUCGCGGAACUUUAUCGCGUGAUUCAGCCGGGCGGAUUGGUUUUCUGGAGGUCGGCUGCAAGAAUGCCUUGGUACAAUGAUGUUUUCAAACGCUCCGGGUUCAACGUGACGCCAGUGUCAAUAAGAGGUAGUCCAGCACGGAAAGCAAUCGAUCAGGUUAAUAUGUAUGCCUCAUGUUGGAGGGCGAUGAAGAUGGAAUAGCGGUACCGUAACUAGUAACCCGGGUACGGGAUCUGUACGUUAUGAAUGGAUGAGUACCUGACCUGGCUCAGGCUGGUAUAAUGUGUACGGAGAUGACGUGGAGAAUGCUAUUUACGCUUCGACUGCGUUGGCAAGUGUGAUCAUAGAAGCAUCACCAGAUGAUGGAGGAACCAGGGCGGCAGGGGGAAUCACAAAAUUUGCUACUGGACGUGCUAGGCUGCGACUUUUGCAGAGCAAGCAAAUAAUACGCGUUGAAUCGCACCCAGCCGACGGAGCGAGUGAAAUAAUCGGUUAGGUGGAGCAGCAGCGCUGCGCCGUCGUUG